CUCCUUCGUCUCCUGUUUGCACAAUCUGCUCUUGAUCCUCCUGCGACGUUAUCUUCAGUUUUCCUUAGAAAAUUCUAUCAUUUUCCCGAGAAAAUUCAACCCCCAUUCCUCCCGUCACAAUCCGAUUAAAAAAUCCCUCUCUACUCCUAUCCGAAUCCACAAUCUCCUCUCCUUCGUACUAUCAUCACUUUCACCAGUCCAAUCUGUUCGAUUGCCCAAUAAACUCCAUCUUAACCUCACUUAGCCUCGUGCCAAUUUUAUCUUUCACAUCAGUGUAUCUAUUUAUUUUUCAUUUGAUUGCCGUGCGUUUUGAAUUGCUCGAACUUCGAUCUUCGCUUGAGAUAUCCAUAACGAUUCGUUCUUUGCGGUUUUGUAUAUAUAAGAAGGUAUAUAUUUAUAUAACUGUAUUUGGAAUCGGAACGAAGUUUCGUUUGAUCAGAUUUGAGUGGAGAGAAUGGUGGGAGGAGGAAACAGGAAGGACGACUCGUUGGUUCUGAACAGCUCGAACGUGUUUGCGGCUCUCGGAACCCUAAGGAAGAAGAAGAAGUCCGACAAAGAGCAACAAGGCUCGUCGAAGAGCAAGAGCGGUUUGAAGAAGAAGCAGGAGGAGGAGGAGGAGGAAGAGCGCAAAAAGCAGCAGGUUUUCUGGGCUCCGACGCCGCUCACGGUGAAGUCCUGGGCCGAUGUUGAUGACGAGGAUGAUGACGAUUACUAUGCCACCACGGCUCCGCCUCAGGCCGUUUGGGCCGGUGCCGCGGAUCUGGAGCCUAAGGCCAAGGAUAGCUCCACCCCGGUAGAGCAAAGUGAGAGUGAAGAAGAAGGUCUUGAUGAUGUUGAUGAUGAUAACGAGGAAGAAGAACAUGACCAUGAACCCGAAGCGUCAGUAGAAAGGGAGACGGUUGUUAAGAAGCUUGCUGAAGUUUCUUUGGUGCCCAAAGAUCCGGAAAGGCAGCUUUCAAAGAAGGAAUUGAAGAAGAAGGAGCUUGCAGAACUUGAUGCCAUGCUUGCUGAACUGGGAUGUCCCAAGCCUGAGGCCAGUGGCAAUGAUGACUCCCAUGGUGAUGUACGAGAGAAGAAGCUAGAUAAUCCCACUGGAGAGGUGGAGAAGAAGGAGAAUGCUCCUGGGGAGAGCAAAAGCGCAAAGAAGAAGAAGAAGAAGGAUAAGUCCUCAAAGGAGGCUAAAGAACAGCAGGAUCAGCCCAAUGGCACUGACCCCACAAAUGAAACUGAUGAAGCUGCUGUGACUGAGAAGGCAGAAGUAGAUACACCUGUUGUUGAUGUGAAAGAGAAGAUAAAGAAAGUGGCAUCAAUGAAGAAGAAGAAAUCGAGCAAGGAGAUGGACGCUGCUGCAAAAGCUGCUGCCAGCGAGGCUGCUGCUAGGAAUGCAAAGCUUGCUGCUGCAAAGAAAAAGGAGAAGAACCACUACAACCAGCAGCCAGUGCGGUAAGGAAGUUUCUUACUUGGGUAUGGACAUGUACUUUUCGGUCAUUUGGAUAACGCAAAAUAAACAUCUGAGUCUGGGUUCUCUGGGAUAUGACCUUCAAAAUAGAACUUUUUUGGUUUUUCUUUAUCACAGAAAAAACGAGUUGUGGACUUAUAAAUUUUAGGAUUUCUUAGAUCUCUUUGAUAUUUUUCGUUAUCUUUUUCUCUGUAUUUGCCAGAUUGUUCUGCUAAUGUAGGAUUUUUUGUGAAUGUUUACUCAUCUCUGUCUUAUGGUC